AUGUCAAUUGCGACUCAAUUUCGACAACAGGUUACUUUACUCGACAAUCUUAUCUCUGAGAUCAACAGAGUGCAAGUGUUCUAUGAUAAAGUUUACUCCACGGUUUGGGACGAAAUCUCGGGAAUUUCCCCGGGCCCACGUUUUCCUGGCCAAAAUGAUUGGAAACUUGCAGAUAAGCCUGAAUUGCAAUUUCAUCUCGAAACGCUCGCUCAAUGUUUCGUUGCUCUUACAACGCUACAAACAUUUGGAGCCGUCAAUUCGCGGGGAUUCGAAACGCUCUGGGGAAAACUUGAUCGGCUAAAACCACAUCCUAGCGUAGCAGCCAUGCUUGAUGAACUCAAGUUGAAAUUAUCGGCCGCACAGUUCUCAUGUCAAACUGAACUAAUUUACGACUUGGGGCGCCUACGGACGUCUAUCACAACAAUCAUAAAAAUCUUAUCUUGCAAUUCCUUCACCUCUCAACGCUCCUUGAUCCUGCAUCAUUUCGCUCAAAAUUCUUUCCUUACGUUGGACAAUGUCGAUGAUCUUCACCAGGCAAUCCGGGAUGGCAACGCCCUUGCUUUAGAGAAGAACCUUCGAGAUCUCGAGGGCACAGUUGGCGUGGAGAAACGGCCAAUUCAGGAACUUUUGUCUGUUUUGGUACAAGUCUCGAUGGUCUAUGGUUCCGAGGCCUGCCUCAUAAAGCUUCUCCAAAUGUCGCAGUCACUCCAGACGGAUGAAGACUUCACUAAUGUCUGUCUUCCCUCUGUGAUAAACAAAACAAUCCUCAAAAUCGGCCACCAGAGGACUUUUCUUGAAUCCCUUAGCCAAAUUACAAGCUGCGACCAUGAACAGGUUACCCCCAUACUUGGUGAUACCAUGUUAUCUCUACUGAAAGGUGUCCUCGCAAGCUUCGCCACCAAAAUUCAAAUAUCCUUCACACACAAGACUUUUUACAACCGUGUAACUCUUCACUACGCCGCGCAAUAUGGGCUUGCGGAUGUGUGCCAGCUCCUUUUACGCCACAUGCAAGUGUCAGACUCUGACCACGACCAUCCCUUGUCUGAAUCGAUUCUACUGGAAAACGAUUUUGGGAACAGCCCUCUAAGGCUUGCCAUUCUAUAUGGAUUUGAGGAAAUAUCAAGACAUCUUCUUGAGUAUCUGAGGUACAACGAGGGCUUUGACAGUCAUGAUGGGAAACCAGUGCCAGGGUCCCUCGUUAUCGACGCUGUCAGCGGUAUCAACCCAAGUCCAGAAUUCUUGAAAUCUAUCGUCGCGGCAAAAGCGAAUGUGAACUACCAAGGCCUCGCCGGGGAGACGGGUCUUUAUAUCGCGGCACGUUUGGGAAAUACGGAACUGGUCGAAUGUCUCUUGGCCUUGGGCGCCAGCCCUGCGUUCGUGGAAAACAACAAGGGCUGGUCUCCUUUGAUUGUUGCUUCCGUGGAGGGGCACUUGGUUAUUGUUGAAGCUCUUCUUCGAGCUGGUGCUGACGCAGAAUAUAAAGAUCGUCGGGGAUGGACUGCCUUAGACCAUGCCGCCUUCAGGGGCCAUAUUACAUUGUCGCGGAGAUUGAGACAGUCAAUAUCCCCUAACACUCCCAGCUACCCACUGUCUGGCUCGGGGACUGCGCCUCAUGCCGUCCGCAAAAUUUCAAGUGUGACGAGUCAAACUGUGAUUCUCGUGAAUCUGGGAUCAUUUGAUUCGAAGAAAAAUGUGAAACCUAUUGACAUCAAUCAGUAUCAACUUCAGACUGAGUCAAUUGCGGAGUCAGGAGCUGGGUUAUCGAUUGAAAUCUCCCUCAUUGGCGGGCAGGGUCCGUCAUAUAGUGUCGACUUACCCAUACUGGAGGAUAUGACGAACAAGCCAUGGGCUUUCUAUACGAAUGACCCUGAAAAUGCCAGGAUACUGUUCAAAGUCCGUCGCGAAACUGUGAACGCAGACAAACUCAAGGAAUAUGAACACAUUGGUAGUGCGGUCGCACUUCUGGAGGACCUCAAGCAGGGAUUGGGAUCAGCAAGAGAAAGUCUCAUUCGAGACUAUAAGAUCCCUGUUUUGUCAACCGGGAUUCUUGAUCACAUUGGAGCUAUUACAUUCAGCUUUCUUGCCGUUAAACCUUUCACACAGCCAAAGUUCUCUCUACCAGCAAGGGACACGCUCUGGAAAGAAGGCGGGCGGACCAAAGUUGUGGGACAUCGAGGCCUCGGUCAAAAUAAACCAGGUGGCAAGCAUUUGUCUAUCGGAGAGAAUACAACACUGUCAUUUCUCACGGCCAUCGAUUUAGGCGCAGAUUGGGUAGAGCUCGAUGUUCAAUUGACCAAGGACCUUGUACCCGUUGUAUACCAUGACUUUCCUGUUAGCGAAACAGGAACGGAUGCGUGGAUGCAUAAUUUGAGUCUCGAACAAUUCAUACAUAUCAGUGACUGUCAAUCAAGACCAGAAAAGGCAUCUCUAGUAGAGCCUUCCUCACGAAAAACGCGAUCGUAUUCUCUGGACCCCAGCAAUGAUUGCAAGCCCGUUCAUAUCAUGGAGCAAUUGAAACAAACUUUUGAGUUCAAACAAAAGGGAUUUAAGGGUAAUCUUAGAGGGGAUUUUAUUCAGCAGUCAUUUUUGACGUUGAAUGAUCUACUUUCUCAAACGCCUGACUCCGUUGCUCUUAACAUUGAAAUCAAGUACCCUAUGCUCUUUGAAGCGGCUGAUGAUUGGAAAUCAGACAUAUUUGUCAUUGAAGUGAAUUUGUUCGUGGACACCAUUCUGUCGACCAUUCUCUCACAUCCUUCGUGCCGCCGUCGUCCCAUCCUGUUCUCUUCCUUCAGCCCAGAGGUUUGCAUCCUUGUAUCCCUUAAACAGAACGUCUUCCCGAUACUCUUCCUCAAUGAUUCUGGAAAUUGGCCCACGGGCGACGUGAGAGCGUCUAGUUUGCAGGAAGCAAUUCAUUUCGCAUCAAGCUGGGGCCUUGAUGGAAUUGUGAUGGCAUCGGAGCCAUAUGUGUUUGCACCGUUGCUAGUUGGUGUCGCAAAAGAAAGAGGGUUGGUGACAUCGAGCUAUGGUGCUUUAAACGAUGACCCCGAAUGUGCCAAGAUCCAAGCUGCUGCGGGGAUAGACCAAAUCAUUGUGGAUGCAGUUCAUUUGAUUUCUGAAACUCUUGGCAGUGUCUCUCUGUGA